AUGCUGACCAAUGUUUUUGCCGCCGCUAUUAGGCCGACAAUAAUUUCAAUGUCUACAGACAUCAGUGGCCAACAUAACCAACAACAGGAGUGGAGGCCAUCAACGGUUACGGUCAACAGUCCACUGGCCGACACAUUUGGCCGCAAACAUAACUAUUUGCGGCUAUCGUUGACCGAAAAAUGUAAUCUCAGAUGUUUAUAUUGUAUGCCCGAAGAAGGCGUCCAAUUGAGUCCAAACGGCAAACUAUUGACCACCGAUGAGAUCAAAUUAAUUACCAAUUUAUUUGUCAAAACAUUGGGCGUCCAAAAAGUCAGGCUUACGGGAGGCGAACCACUGAUACGUAAAGAUAUCAUCGAUAUUGUCGAUCACUUGUCCAGUUUGCGGCCGUUUGGUCUGAAAACUAUCGGCAUGACUACCAAUGGACUGGUAUUGGACAGAAAGUGUCGGGCAUUGAAAAAAGCCGGUUUGAAUGCCGUCAACAUAUCGUUGGACACUAUGAUAGCGGAAAAGUUUCAACAAAUUACACGCCGAAAGGGCUGGCAUUUGGUAAUGAAAGGUCUGGACAGUGCACUGGAAGCCGGUUUCGAUGAAAUCAAACUAAACUGUGUAGUCAUACGCGGUUUCAACGAUACAGAGAUUACCGAUUUUGUCGAACUGACCCGUCAGUGGCCAAUAGAAAUUCGUUUUAUYGAAUACAUGCCGUUCGACGGUAAUCGAUGGUCAACCGAUCAGAUGAUUACCGGCCGGGAAUUGUUGGCCACUAUUCGCGAUAACUAUGAUUGUGUCGAACCUAUGGAACCGCGAGCUAAUGAAACGUCMAGACGUUAUCGGGUUMAGGGAUUUGCCGGUCAAUUGGGUUUUAUAUCGUCGAUGAGCGACAACUUUUGCGGCUCAUGUAAUAGACUAAGGAUUACAGCCGACGGCAAUCUUAAGGUAUGUCUGUUUGGCAAACAUGAGAUAUCGUUGAGAGAUGCCAUACGUAACGGUGCCGAUGAUAGUCAGCUMAUYGRUUGUAUACAAUCGGCUCUUAACCAAAAGCAUCGACAACACGCUGGUGCCCAGACUAUAGCCAAAUCAGCUAAUCGGCCGAUGAUACUAAUUGGUGGGUGA